AUGAGAAAAGAAUAAAAUAAUUUAACAUAGUCUGAUAGCAAGAAAAAAUUAAUAGCUUUUAACAAUACAUAAAGCAAUAAACUAGCUUUUUAAACAUCAAGUUUUAAAGAUCUUAGAAGAUCUUAACAAUCUAAUACAGGCAAAAAAUUCAAGCUUUUAAGAUUUGAUAAAGAAGAAAAUUUUUUUGAUGAAAGCAUAAAAAUCAACUCACCUUAUUAUUCGAAUACAAAAACAUAAUAAAAAAACACUAUUUAAAGUUUAACAAUAGAAACAAGUGAGGAUAUAUUCAGUCCUAUUUAAAAUAAAUUAAGUUAAGAUUCUUGA